GUGAAAAUGACUCAUUUAAAUUGUAAUUUAAUAGAUUUAAGUUUGGAAGAUGAUAUUCCCUGCAGUAACACAAUACAAAUUAAGACUGAAAAUGCCACACAACCGUCCGAGGCCACAAAUGAAGGUCCACUGUUUAUAUCACCCACAUGGCGCAAACGUGAUAGUUUAGAUAACAAUCCUUUUGAUUGUGUACACAAGUUGGCGCAUCGUAUAGAUGAUCCCUUUGAUAUUGUGGAAAAAGAGGUUUUUUUGAAAGCACAGCAGGCUCUGAAACCGCCGCCACCAGAAGUGAAACUAGGCAAUCUUUUGUCCUUGAGUGAUGACAACCUAUUGGAGGAGGAGCAAAUGCCAGAUACUCCUAACCUGGCUGCCGAAAAAUUUAAUAAAUUUUAUUCGCAAGAAUUAGACCAAGAAAGUCCUCCCGUUAUGUUUAACGAAAAACUACUGCCAGAUAGUGUUAGUGGAGCUGAUACCGAUUCAAAUCCAAAUAGUAGUGCUGAAACUACAGCUUCAGCAAAACUGAAGAAAAACAUGAAAUACCGCAAGAGAUUAUUGAAGUUAAGCAUUUCAAAUGCUGCAUUUAGUUCCCCAAUGGGACGUAAAUCAUCAUUGGAAUUUGAGGAUUCAAUGGGUACACCAGUUUCGUCCACGCUAAGCCGAGCAGCGGAAUUUGGAGAACAUUUGUUGUCGGCAGAGUCUCCUUUAAAAUUGGUAGACGAAGAUGAUGAUUUAUUGACCCAAGAACAGCAUGAUUUUAUAGAUUCGGAAAAAAUUUUUGAAGCAGAUUUGGAAAUGUUAAAAAUUCCCAUAUUAAAUGAGUUACCAUCUCCAGCUGUAGAGCAAACAUCUAUUAACAUGACUCCAAAUUCACCUAAUGUUGUUAACAGUGCUACCAGUUUCGAAAAUGCUUUACCUAAAUUGGAAGCCAUAAAGGCCAAAUUAAAAGCUAAACGAGAAGAAGUUAAUAAUAACCAUCAAUUGGAAAUAUCAUCACUUAUAGAUAGUCUCAAAUCAUUGAUAUCAGGUGGCGAAACAGACAAGUGUAAAAAACAACAGGCCGGUGAAUUAUUAGAAUCUCUGAGUUCUGCAUUAAAGUCGGCAGACCCAGAUGAAACACUCAAACACACAGAUAUGCUUUCAGUAGCACCACAGCCUAUUAAACGGCAGGGUACAUUCGACAUUGAGCUUCAGGACAAUGAGGAAGCGGAACUCAAUAGUCAGCCUUUAGUGCAAGAAAUGCCUAAUUGUAUGGUUAGCUCAUCGGCCACGUAUGACGGAGAAACGGCCGAUGAAAAACAGGAUUUAAAUUUACCCGAAAUAGCUCCUUUAUCACCGCCAACUUCACCAUCCCACUAUCAGCACAGCAAUAACAAUAAUACAGAAAACCAUUUACAGCCAGAUGUUAAUGAUAUUAUGGAGCAAUUAAGUAAACUCUUAAUAAACAACUCGGCCGGUAAUCAAUCCAACAAUCCUAGUAACCCCACUUUUAUAGUUGUAAUGAAUACCAAUCAAUUGAAUCAUUCCAACAUUAACAAUUCCCAUCAAAACUUUGUGGAUGCCAAGCAAAGAUCUGCGCUUGUAGCCAGUUAUUUAGAAAAUUCCCUUAAUGAUGGUUCGCCGGACUUAACAAAAGUCAAUCCCAUGGCUCGCCGUCGUUCACAAUCAUUGUCCAUACAUGAUAAAGUUAAGAUUGUUCAGUUGCCACUGCAACCGCCUACACCACGUUCAAUACAACUGCAACAACGAGUGCAAAUGGAUGACUCUCCACCGGUAACUACAACACCGCCAUCGGGUGACAAGGAAACGCCCGAAUUUAAGACCCCAGCUCGUAGGAUCAGAUGUAAUUCGUAUUCAAGCGGUACACCAUAUACAGCUCAAGUGGGAGUAAGGCGUACAGGAUUUGGAUCAGACAACAAAAAUCCCCCAAACAUGCGAAGAACCCAAACUCUGGAUACCCAUCACGAAGGACAACAACAAGCCAUUGUUAGACCUAUGUCUAUGCCGUCCAAUAAUUUGCCAACAUUUAAACCUGAUCUCAAGAAAAAACCAAAACACAAUACAGAAUCCAUAAUAAAAUCUGGUCCUCUAAAGGCGACCAUACCUGUAAAGAAAGUAGCGCCCAUGUUAAAAACUUCACCACCUACACCAGACAAUAAUACAAGGACUUCAAAACAUCACAAUACAUCGCUACAAAGUCAAUCGAAAUUGAGUAGAGUCCCCACAACACCCUUGCCAGCAAAGGGCUCGUGUAACUUAGGGGUUGGCUAUCCCAAUGCUUGUUCAACACCAGCUGGCUUUACUUCACCUCUAAAACGUACCACAGGACCAGUUAAUAAACCACGAUAUUCAUAUAUGUCUGCCACCCCCAAUCCCAAGUCGUCGUCAUCCAAUGCGGCCUCAUCAACGGGUUUAAAACGACGUACUCUUACCGAAUUCAAAGCCAAAUCGCCGCUAAAACCACGAGUUAGUAGUGUAGGCUUAGCGGCAGCUGCUGCUGCAGUUUCUUCAUCAUCUAGAACUUCGUCGGGUAGCACACGUCUAUCUACCUCGGCGGGAGCAAGAAUCUCCAAGACACCAGUUAAGGCCACCACUUCCAAUACAGCCACAGUAAAACCGACAAGUCGUUUGAGUACUCGCACAUCUGUUGGCGGCUCUGCAUUAUCUACCAGAAAUAAGGAAAAUAAACGUCCUUAAUUUGAUAUUUUUAUUUAAAAUUGUUUCCUAGAAAUGACUUGAUUUACUGUUGACACUUUAUUGUUUAAUUUUCUUUAUAUGUUUUAUUCUACCACACAAUUGAUAAAUUUAUUUUUUAAAUUAGUAUUAAAAAGAAAUGGUACUUA